AUAAUACGCAUGCGCAGUCGCUUCCCUUCAUGUCCCAAUAACAAUCAUUGAAAACGAGUGGCAAAACCCCAAGACGAUUGCAAAUUCAUCGUCUUUAGAUCUUUAAUUGUCAACAAACGGAGUCCAGCAUGACAGAAUUACGACAGCGAGGAGCGACGGAAAAAGAGCUGCAGCAUCAGAGCUCCGAAGAUAAGGGUUCUGAGACGGAGGGCAGGUCUGAGAGAGAGGGAGCCUCAGACAAUGAGGCUAAAUCAGAUUCUGGGAUUCCCGAGGUUCCCGUUUCUGCCGAUGACACACCAGAGGUUCUCAACAAAGCCCUCUCGGGUCUGUCUUCCCGAUGGAAGAACUGGUGGGUGAGGGGUAUCCUCACUCUGGCCAUGAUCUCCUUCUUCUUCUUUAUUAUUUAUCUGGGUCCGAUGGUGCUGAUGAUGAUUGUGCUGUGCGUUCAGAUCAAGUGCUUCCAUGAGAUUAUCACAAUUGGUUACAGUGUCUAUCACUCAUAUGACCUGCCGUGGUUCAGAACUCUAAGCUGGUACUUCCUGCUGUGUGUGAAUUACUUCUUCUAUGGUGAAACGGUGACGGAUUACUUCUUCGCCCUGGUGCAGAGGGAGGAUUCUCUACGUAUCCUCAGCAAAUACCAUCGCUUCAUUUCCUUUGCCCUGUACCUCACAGGGUUCUGCAUGUUUGUUUUAAGCCUAGUGAAGAAACACUAUCGCCUACAAUUCUACAUGUUUGGUUGGACUCAUGUGACCCUGCUCAUUGUGGUGACUCAGUCCCAUUUAAUCAUUCAUAACCUGUUUGAGGGGAUGAUCUGGUUUAUUGUGCCCAUCUCCUGCGUUAUCUGUAAUGACAUCAUGGCUUACAUGUUUGGCUUCUUUUUCGGCCGCACCCCUCUCAUCAAGUUGUCUCCUAAGAAGACGUGGGAGGGCUUUAUCGGUGGCUUCUUCGCAACUGUUGUGUUUGGGAUUUUGCUGUCCUACGUGAUGGCAGGUUACCGUUGUUUUGUGUGUCCAGUGGAGUUUAACAAUGACUCAAACCGUUUCACCGUGGACUGUGAACCAUCUGAGCUCUUCCAGCUUCAGGACUACAGCCUGCCGUCUGUGCUGCAUUCUGUCACCGGCUGGACCACAGUGAAGUUGUACCCGUUCCAGAUCCACAGCAUCGCUCUGUCAGCUUUUGCUUCAAUCAUGGGACCCUUUGGAGGCUUCUUUGCCAGCGGCUUCAAAAGAGCCUUCAAGAUCAAGGACUUUGCUAACACCAUUCCAGGUCAUGGAGGAAUCAUGGACCGUUUUGACUGUCAGUACCUCAUGGCCACAUUCGUAAAUGUUUACAUAGCCAGCUUCAUCAGAGGGCCGAACCCCACUAAAGUUAUCCAACAGCUACUUGCCCUGAGACCAGACCAACAGCUUCACAUCUUCAACUCACUCAAGGCUCAUCUGACAGAGAAAGGCCUGCUCCCUGCCCUGGAGGCGGCCGCCUAACCUGACGGUCCGAUCCUGGGAAAUCCCACCAGAGUGGGCGGAUGACAGAGAACGGAGAAGGUCCUUUAAGAAGAUCCAGGCAUGUAUGAAAGUGUGAGGAACAGGGGAAGGGAAACAAUGGAAAACUGAACUACAACCUUGGGUCAUUCCAUUUUCAAUGUGUUUGAGAGAGAGUGUGUAUGUGCGUGUGUACAGAUCAGUGUUUUGGCUUGUGUUGUUUUAUUUUAUUUUUUUGUGUGAAUUUUUAUGUUGAUCUCUUAUGCCACAAGAAGAUUAUUAUAUAUAGAGAGAUCAUCUAGGUUACAGUUCUUUGUGAAAUGAGCUGUACGUUUCCACUUGUGUACAAAUGUUCUGUACCUAUAGUGUCAGAAUAUUUUAUGGUGUUUAUGGUUUGUUUUAUUUUGUUUUAAUGCACUGCUCAUCACACUGUAAUUCCAAACCCAGACUAGCUCUUGUUUUGUUCCUCUUUUUGCUUGCUAAUGUUUUCAUAUCUGUUACAGUGGUCAUAUUUUCACCGUGGAGUGCAUAUUUAGUGUGUUAUUUUAAAUGUUAAAAGCUAUUUUUAUUUAGAUGAAUUUGUUCACUCAUAUAAAGUAUUCACUUCAAUUCAGUCGGUGAAUAUAUGUGAAGUUCAGCCUCAUGGGACGGUCAGGUGAGGAGAAGGUGGUUUUCUGAAUUUGAGUGUCAUUCAAGUGAGCCCAAGUAUUGUACACCGAAUCUUGUCUCUUAAGAGACACAAAACUAGUCUCACAUCAAACAAAAAUGAAUCAUAAUUGUUACUCGGCUCUAUAGACAGAUUAGAGAUAAAAAGUAUAUAUUAACAUUAAAAGUAUAAAAGUUAAUAAUUAAUGUGGUUGAGGAUCGAACACCUUUUAUCAUUUAUGGUUUUAUUUGAAUGUUCUCUUUAGAACAGAUACAAGCUGAUUCUUGUGAAGCUUAAAAAUGUUUUUUUGUAUUUGAACUGGGCAGGGCCUUCUCACGCCAAGGAUCGCUUGGAUUGGAUACAUUUUAAAUGAUCCCAGUUGCUCCAUUGUACCAUCUUCUUCACAGUAAUGACCAAAUCUUCCAUUCUUCCGUGUUUUGUUUUUACCACCACUUACAUCCCGCUUAAUCCAAAAAUAAGGACAGAACUAAAGAUAUUUUUGCUGAAGAAAGGGAAUUUUACAUGAAGGGGCGUCUUAAGAAGAACUUGGCCUGUAUGAGGGUCUAAUGGGCUAGUCCUCAGGUUAGUCUGCACAUUCACCAAUAAAAAAUCCCUGAGCAUGUGUGCAGUCUUAAUAACUGUACCUUCAAAACGAUUUUUUCCAAGCCCAAACACUUAAGGAAAACUAGGCAGCUUAUUUUCUGAGUUUUGUGAGUUCCUGCUAUAAAAACACAUUUAAACUUUAAAUAUGAACUGUUGACCAUUAGACUAAUGGGCAAGCCAUACCUUAACCCUCCCUCUUUUUAAAGUUUUCAUUUCAGAUACGUUUCUUUGCUAUUUUUAAUCAUUCUUUUUUUGUUGUACUGUGUAAGUUCCACAUUCUGGUUUUAAAGAGAAUGUAUUACUUGCAUUAUAUAGGUAACGAUUAUAGUACACACUGUAUAUGUUUGAAGUAGAGAUUCUAUUAUUACUGUGUAUUGGACGCUCUUAAAAGCCAUUCUGUGCUCUUUGUGUAUGCGUACAAAGACCAGUCAACAGAGCAAUUUAAAUGUUUUAUAGUCAACAGAGAGAAAGUCUGUUAUGGGUGUCAAGAGAGUGGGCUGAAAGCUUCCAGGGGCUUAAUAUAAAUGGGAAUUGAUUAAAAGCCAAAUUUCGUACUUAAAUAGUAUUUGUAUCUGUCUUGUAAGCCAAUCAGAUGCUCGGACAUUUGCGUGUGUGUCAUGUGCUACCACUAGAGGGAGCCUGAGCAUCACGUUUUUUUACUAGUUAAAGGGACUGUUCACCCAUAAAUUUAUAUUCUAUCAUUAUUUACUUACCUUCUUGUCAUUUCAAACCUCUAUGACUUUCUUUCUUUUGCACAACACAAAAGAAGAUAUUUUGAAAAAAUUUCCGUAACCGAACAAAGGCACUACCCAUUCACUUGCAUUGGUUUCGUGUCCAUACAAAAUAUCUACGUUUGUGUUCUGCACAAAAAAGAAAGUCAUGCAGGUUUGAAAUGCACGAGGGUAAGUAAAUGAUGACAGUAUUUUCAUUUUUGGGUGAACUAUCGCUUUAAAGAAGUUUUAUGUCUUUGCUUUGCUUUGUGGUGUUCUAUUCUCUUCUGUUAUGUUCUGUAUUGUAUGUUUGUUUUUUCCUCUCGUUUUGUUUAAGCAUUACUGCCAUGAUGAUUUUAUCAAUUUUUUCAAGUGAUGCUCAUGUAGCGGUGCUUCUACAAGUGGCAGAUAACAUCUGUAAAUGUGGAGUGGUGCAUUUCUUAAUAUUUAUUCAAACAUGUUCAAGAAACAACUACAAAUUAUUGAAAAGUUUCCCUCUCGAAGUCUUUUUUCUUUGCGGAAACGAAAUCUCUGUUGAACAAAAUGACAACAGCAUUGAGUUGUUAUUUUAUCGAAGUAGUUUGGUCUGUAUUUCCGUUGCAUUUUGUUUUGUAAUUUUUGACAAAGCAGAUAAAUGUGCUUUCCUUGCCGCUUCGUGUACAGUGAUUUGCUCAUCUGUAAAUGGUUAAUAAAGAGAAAAGCUCAA